AUGAAAUUAAUUUGUUGCCUUUAUCUGCUUCUUGUGUGGGAGUAUGUGUCCGCUUUCAAAUUUACUGAUGAUAUGGCUAAGCAGUGCAAAGGCUUUAUCAGAAAGACCGAUAAAACAUUCAAUACAUUUUACAAAGUUGAUGCUGAAAACAUUCGAAAAUUAAAGUCUGAUAGUGCAAUAGACUUUGAGAUGCGUUUUGCUGUUAUGGCGCCCUCCGGCGCAUGUAUUUUACUUUCAAAGGGAGAAAGUAAAGAACUUGCCUAUGUUAUUGCUAUUGGAGCUAAUAAGAAUACAGAGGCGAACAUAAUAAUGAGCAUACGAGAUGAGUAUAAGAACACUACUUUCAUGAAAAACCUACUCUCAUCGGUGGAAUACAGAGCUUUUAAUAUUAAACAAUAUAAAGAUGGAACUAUUGCAGUAGCUAGAGAAGGAGAUCGUACACCAAUUAUUGUUUACAAGGAUCCCACACCGAUUAAAAUUAAUUAUUUUAGUUUUGCUAAUUGGAAUGUCGAUGAGGUUAACUAUUACUUCGACUGUCCAAAGCCACCAGUUUCAGAGUGUAAACUAUUCACCAGCAAGAACUGUAUUUAUGACACAUUCUUUAAUACCAAGGACCAGAAGAGACCUGACAUCAAAUUUGAUCCCUGGAUCGGUUUUGAAAUGCACUUCGAAGUGAUGGCUGCGAAUGACGCUUAUCUUCUACUGUCGUCAGAAGCGAAUUAUAACUAUAAUAGACCUGUAUAUAGAAUAGCUAUUGGAAAUGGUACUAACUCAGUGACAGAAAUACGUAAAUAUCAUAAAUCAAUACGCAGCUACUGGGCAUUAACACACAAUGUUUUAUCUGAUUCCGAAUUCAGAUAUUUUAAUAUCAAAAUUUACAAAGAUGGACCGAUUGUGCUUAGUAGAGAAGGCCGUUCCGAACCAAUUUUGUACAUCGUUGAUGACAAUCCAAUAUCAGUAAAGUACUUUAGUUUUGACACGAGCAACAACGUCGAGGCUCAAUUUCUUUAUGGAUGUUCAGACAAGAAUGAGACCGGGAAAAUUGUAGUAGAAGGACAGUAUGUUCCAGAAAAGAAAUGUAAGAAAUUUUUGCGACAACGAGAUUCAAACGCAUUUAUAAAAGCUGAAGAUAUCAAAGUUAACAAUCAGUAUGAAAACGUAAGCUUCGAAAUGAACUUCGCAAUAUUAGCAGCUCAAGAUGCACACUUAGUACUAUUGACGAUGCCGAAUUACGAUGGACCUAUCUACGACCUUAGAAUAGGAACAGAUUCUAAUCAAAAAACCGAGUUACGUAGAGGCUACGAAAACAUAUCAGGAGAGUUCGCUUGGACUCCUUAUAUUUUGUCAGAAACAAAAUAUAAAAAAUUUUACACGAAAAUUUACAAAGACGGUACCAUAGAGUUAGGGAUGGAAGGUAGCCUUCGGCCUAUCCUCAAUUUCACGGAUACAAAAGCGGUUCCCGUUAACUUCUUCAGUUUUUGUGCCGGUUCCAGCAUGGAUGCCGAGUUCCGAUAUGACUGUCCCAAACUAGAUUUGGAUGACACAACAGAAUAA